AAUCGACGGUGCCGUUACUUUUUUUUCAUUUAUUUAUUUUAUUUGCCAUCAGUCCAGUUUGUAGUAGCUCAAUGCACAGAUAACGAAGGAGAAUUUCUUUUUAUUUUUUAAGUUUUUAAGUAAAAGUAUACGCCGAAAUCAAGGCAUGGAAACGUUAUAAAUGUAUAUUUAGUGAUUUUAUAGCAUUUAAAAUAAUAUAUUCAUGUCGAAAUGGGAUUAUUAUUUGCCAAACUUUGGAGUUUGUUUACAAACGAAGAACACAAGAUAGUAAUUGUGGGUCUCGAUAAUGCCGGAAAAACUACGAUAUUAUACCAAUUUUUAAUGAAUGAAGUAGUGCACACGUCACCGACGAUUGGAAGCAACGUGGAAGAGGUGGUGUGGAAAAAUGUUCAUUUUAUCAUGUGGGAUCUCGGUGGACAAGAGACGUUACGGGCAACAUGGAACACUUACUACAGUAAUGCAGAGUUCCUCAUAGUCGUGAUUGACAGUAUGGAUCGAGAGAGACUUCUUCUGACAAAAGAAGAAUUAUGGAAGAUGUUAGCUCAUGAGGAUUUGACCAAGGCAAACGUCUUGAUAUUUGCCAACAAGCAAGACUUGAAGGGCUGCAUGACACCUGCAGAGAUAUCCGAGCAGCUCAAUUUAACUUCCCUAAAAAAGCACAGGUGGCAGAUCCAAGCAUGUUGCGCUCUAACAGGCGAAGGAUUGUAUCAAGGACUAGAAUGGAUUUACUCACAGUUGAAGAACAAAACCUGAUUUUUAUUUUUACUUAAUUCAUAUCCUCUUCAUCAUCUCCUGCAAUUAUAACUUUGACGACAGGCUGUGAUAUUCUUUGACGGAUGGAGUCGAAGUUCUCUAUGUGAGGAUGAUGCAAAUCAUCCUUUAUCAAGUUUAGAAAAACUUAUGAGAAAGUAACUUUUGGAUUUGGACAAAUUUUAUAGCCGAAACUAUACGAAUGCUAAAGAUUUUUUGUUUUUUUUUUGAAUUUUUGUCGUAAGAGGUAGGAAGAAACGACAAAUGAUCCGCUGUCUCUCGACAAACCUCUACCUUUACACUUUUCGAAAAAUUAUUUAUCGUGUACAGUUUUAUUGGAUGAUUUUUUUGUCCAUGUGGGACCAGUAUAUAAUUUCGAGAUUCGUCUCGAUAUAUAAACUUUUUGGAGAGGACUGUAUUUAUUUAUUUUUAGCAAUUGUCCUCAUACAUCGGUUUUCCAGAAUAUUCCAGAAUAUGUUUCUUCCCAUCUUUGUUUCAUACAUCCCUUUACUAUCUUUGGAAUUCCCAAAGUAUAUCUUUUCCAAAUUUUAUAUCAUUUGGAGUUUUAAGAUUUGAUAUAGAUAUUCAUUGUUGGGAGAAACUUAGUCUUUUUGUUUCAUUCCGCUUUAGUGCCGUGAAUAACUCUGUCACCGAAAUUUUGGCUUGCAUCGUCGCUCGUAGCGGACUCUUACUCAAAACACUUACAAAUACCUAACAAUUUUACACAUAUUAACCGUAGAGAUUGUCUUAACUUUUGCACGAAACACUUCGGAUCCAUCUUAGUUUAGAAAACUAAGAGCAGAAAAUGAUUACAGAAGCAUGAAUGAUAUGCACAAUUGCUAAAGUCCACGCAAAAGAGUAGACACCAGCCAGUCUGAGAGGGAAGAGUCUAUGUCAAAUGAAAGGGAUUGAAGGAGAAGUAGUGUUGAUAUGUGGAUUGCAUUAAUAAAAUUUGUAAAGAAAGUAAAACAAUAAAAUUAUUUUUGGUACAGAUAGUAUAAAAACGUUUUAAAAAUGUAAAAAAAACAAAACAGGCAAACGAUCAGAUCCGUGUGUCAACUUUCACACAUCUUCCAUCCCUUUCAUCUAAUAGACCCUUCCAGCUUAGACUCAAUUGUCUAGUAUUUCAUUGUGCAGACUAUAGUGUAACACCAAAUGAUUGCCGGACUACAUUGGGCUAUAAUAAUGCUACUAUUUAACAAUUAAACAUCAAGUAAUUUGGCCUAGAGAUGGGCAUUAGGCACCAUCUCAGAAUAAAUUUAAUUGCUAUUGUAACUUUGUACAGAAAGGUUUCCUUGUUAUGUCUCAUUCGGGUCUCAUAAAUUCUCAUAAACAUAUCAAAAACAAAAAAAAAAAAAAAACGUGGAAAGUUGUAAAUAAUUCCAUCUUUGUCACUUCCGGUUGCAUUUUGAUGCAAAGCGCUCAAAGGAACUUGCAUAGAGAAUGCAAGUUUCACUCGAACAUUCUCAAAUAUUUUAAACAAUUCUUUGAUGGUGUUUCGAAGUAGUAAACAUAUUUUGUAUCACUUCUGGUGAAAAUAUAUACUUUGGGAAAGCACCGAAACAUGCACUCGUUUUUCAUUUUUAGGUCAUAAAAUUCUAGAUAGAUAUUUUAAAAAUUUAUUUUGCCAAUAUUAAUUCACGAGCACGGCGCACCAAAAUAUUUUUGCGACAUUUUAAAAUAAUGGAAAAGAAAUUUAUUUUAGUAGAGAUAUGUAUAUUUUACCGAUAUAUAUUUUGUUUAAUGACCGUCAAAGUAAACUCGCAUCGAUAUUCCUUGUGGGAACUUUUGGUUUUUGAGAAUCUCUUGCAUUCUGCUGAGAAAAUCUGCAAACAAGAAUUUGACUGUUGCACUACAUUUCUGGAUGGUCCGCAAAGAGAGUAGCUACCAUUUUGCAUUUCUCGCUCGCUAACACACUAACGAGAUCACCUCAACCUCGUCUAACAAAUGAUAUUGCUGCUGCCAAAUCUUAUGUGAGAAAUGAAGAAACUUUCUCACCUGCUUUGAUAUACAGAAGAAUGCAUACCUAUGAUACACAACGGGGAAACUGCAAAAAAGUCUAGAGAAAUACUCAGAAUACAUAUAUACUGCCAUAUUGAUAUUUAUGGAAAUAUUAGCAUUUUAACAAACUACAUUUUCGUGGUUUCUCAUUUCUGAUUUCAUUUCUACAGAGUAUUGCCCGCAGUGGAGGGCAAUAUUCUGUAAAAUACUGGUUCCGCACAAAUUUCUGCUGGUUUUAAAAUAUUUUUGGAUGUUGGUUCUGUGCUAAACCAAACUUUCGGACUUCCAGACGACGCUUUGAGACUUAAAUUUGAGUCGGUAACUUGCAUUAGAAGUGCAUCGAUACAGUUCAUGCAGAUUACACCAGCGAGAUCUAAUCUUGAUUUACACUGCCUCCGCUGCGAGUCAUUUGGGCAAUAUUCACCCAAAUCACAGAUUCCCAGUAUUGCUGUAUUGUAAGGUCAAUUACAGAAACAAGGUGUAAAUCCAAAGGUGUAACUUACUCUUCUCCCGCUUAUCGCAGAAUUGCGAGUGAUUCCAAAUAUGGAAUUGUCUGUGAUGCAAGAAAUCUGACAUACUUUAAAUUGUUUGUAACAUACUCAAAUUGUCCUUCCAUUUCUCAAUCCCUAGUGUUUUUCUUCUGUUGGUCAUGUUAACUUUUUUUGGAAUGUUGAAUUUUACGAUUGUUUCCAUUACAAUUUUGUCAGUCGUUAUGAAAUGUAACAUACAUUGAAUUAGAUUCAUUGCUCUUCUGCUUUUAUAAUUUAUUAAUUGAAAACUUAAAUUUUCCAUCGAAACAAUCGAAAAUCUUACCAGAAGCUUGUGCAAUUCUGAAUUUCAGAUUUUCAUACCCAGAUUUGCCACAAACAUUACUCUACCAUAUGCUCAAUCUUUACAGCCCGAUGCGUAUGAAAAUGUAAGAUAGCGAUCGAUAAAAUAAACUGUUUAAUUUUCUGUAUUUUACUUUGCAAAAUUUCCAUCUGUUUAUGCAUAUGUCAGUCAAACACACACUAUAAAUGAUUAGUGCUAAAGCAGCAUUGCUCCAGAUUUGUUGCUUUGCAACAAAUCGUUGGUCUCAUAAUGAAUUUAUUCAGCAUGGAGGCAAAUUCCAAAGCAACAUGCUGU